AUGCAUCCCGCCACCGUCCCGCCACCGCAGCCCGCGACGGCGCCACCGUCCUCUUCGGAAGUUCUUGAAGAAAUAACCCACCUCUUGUCCGAAAUCUCGGAUUCCCCUCACUGGUCAGAAAACCCUCUUCUGCCUCCACUUCUGCCGGCCUUGCUCUCCACCCUCCGCCGAGUCGAGACCCUCUGCCAGCACUGCUCCGACGCUUCUUUCAGUCGCGGGAAGCUGUUGAUGCAAUCCGACCUUGAUAUGGCUGCCGGUUGGUUGUCGAAGCAGAUUAACGAUCUCGAGCUCCUGCUUCGCUCCGGCGUUCUCCACCAGUCCACCGCCAUUGUUCUCUCUCGCCCCAAUCCGAGUUCCUCGAAAGAGGAACUAACCUUUUUCAUCAAAGACCUCUUCACUAGGCUCCAGAUCGGUGGGCUGGAGUUCAAGCGGAAGGGCUUGGAGUCGCUAAUUCAGCUUCUAUCGGAUGACGAUAAGUCUGCCGCUCUUGUCGCGAAAGAAGGGAAUGUGGGCUGCUUGAUUUCUCUGCUCGAUCUAAAUGCUCAUGAUUCCCUCAGAGAACUGGCGGUUCACGCAGUUUCCUUGCUCGUUUCCUCCGGCGAUUUGCCGCGGAAAAUUGUUUUUGAGGAGGGGGCUCUUGGCCCCUUGUUGAGAAUUAUCGACUGCAGCUCAGCACCGAUAAAGGAAAAGGCCUCCAUGGCUGUGGAGUCCAUCACUGCUGAUCCCGAUAAUGCCUGGGCGAUUUCUGCUUAUGGUGGUGUCCCCACUCUAAUCGAAUUGUGUAAAUCUGGUUCUCUCGCAGCUCAAUCACACGCCAUUGGAGCUAUAAGAAAUGUCUGUACAGUCGAAGAUAUUCGGGUUGCAUUGGCGGAGGAAGGGGCUGUCCCUGUUUUGAUACAGUUGCUCGUUUCUGGGAAUGCAUCGGCCCAAGGAAAAGCGGCCAAUUGCAUAACCAUUCUCGCUUCCACGGGUGAGUAUUUUCGCAAUUUGUUGUUACAAGAAAAGGGCUUGCAGAGAUUGUUACAUUUGUUUCAUGAAUGCCCAACUGCCGAUACUUUAGAACAUGUAUUGAGUGCAAUUUGUUCAUUAUCUGCCUCGGAUACCAGCUACCGAGUUUUAUCUGGAUCGACCAUGUUUAUAAUACGAAUUGCGGAGUUGAUAAAGCAUGGGAACAUAAGGUUACAGCAUAUUUCUACUUCAUUGCUUGCCAAAUUGUCGAUUACUGAUAGUAAUAAGAUUGCCAUUGCUGGGUGUAUGGGUUCUUUACUGAAGCUAAUGGAAUCUGUCAAGCCUGAUGGAAUGCAAGAGGUUGCAACAAAGGCUUUGGUGUCACUGUUGUCAGUGAAAGCCAAUAGGAAAGAAUUGGUGAGAGAAGAGAAGAAUUUGAUGAGGCUGGUGCAAAUGUUGGAUCCGAAAAAUGAUCUAGUCUCAGAGAAGUUUCCUGUGGCGGUGGUAGCAGCUAUCAUGGCUGGAGGGAGCCAGGGUUGUCGGAAGAAGCUCAUGGCAGCCGGUGUUUACGGGCAUUUGCAGAGAUUGGCAGAAAUGGAUGUGGCUGGAGCUAAAAAGGCUUUGCAGAGACUCUCUGGGAAUAGGCUAACUAGUAUAUUCUCAAGGAACUGGAGGGAAUAAUCAGUAGCGUCACUAACCACCUCCCCCCAACGAGAGGAGAUUGAUUGAAGACGUGUAACUGUCCACAAAUCGCGUACUCCUGCACAGCGAAAUGAACUACAUCGAAUAGUUGGUAUACAUCAAACUUAACUCUUAGUAGUAUACUGUAUUAUAUGGGAAAAAGAUUUGAAAAAGAGAAAAAAGAAGGGUUGUUUUCUAAUUUUCGACAACGGCAUGGAUGCGGGUUUUAGUGAGUAUCCUUGUGUUUUUUUCUUUUUUUUUGGGUCUGAUAUAUAAGAAUUCGUUUGAUAUGUAUUGAGUGAAGCAGAUUGUGUUUUCUCCAGUUGUUUUCUCUUUGUAAUUCAUUCAGUUCCUGUUUUCCCUCAUAGUCCUUUGUAAAAUUAUUUGAUGAAUUCAUGUAUAUAGAACUGAGGAAUUAUCUCUUGUGUU